UUACGUUCCCUUAUAUAUUCUGUAACGGCGAAGGCAACGAAGUAGAAGGUAAGAGACGAAGAACAGAAAUAUCGGAGAGAUCGCAGCUCCCUAACCCACCAACGAGUUCUCUUUGUUCCAACAGUAAACAAGGUCUGAAUAGAAAUGGUUGCAAAUGGUGCGAAUCCCCCAAGAGGCAGUGCAGCAGCAACUGCCAGCAUGCGAAGGCGGAGGACUACCGGUGGUGCCAGUGCAGCAGCAGGGGCAAGUGGGACAAUGCUCCAGUUCUACACAGAUGAUGCCCCAGGGCUCAGGAUUUCACCAAAUGUUGUGCUUGUAAUGAGCAUCGGAUUCAUAGCCUUUGUUUCCAUCCUUCAUGUCGUAGGAAAGUUAUUCCUUGUGUCCAGAGAAGCUGGGAGGUCUUAAGAGUAACAAAUACAAAGUUCGCUUACUUUCAAGUUGUAGGUAGGAAAAAGUAUUCCAGUUCAUAUGGAUUUUGUUUUUGGCAUGAUUGAUGCAGGAGCUUGAAUCUUUUAUGGUUUUACUUU